UUGCGCAGGGAUCUGGAAGCCCCUGAAAAGCCCAAGGACGUGAGCCAAGCCCUGGGCUGCGGGGCCGUAGGGAUGAGGUGUUUGGAGAACUUUGGCCACCUCCGACCCUUCUGCCUCGCCUGCUACUCCCUUUUCUUCCACAUUCAAUUUGAAUUGAAAAAGCUGUAGGCCAGAGAGUGUCGAGAAGUUGAGGGCGUAAAAAUUACUGGUUUAAUCCUGUUAUCGGAGAUUCCUGAGUUAGAAUCUUCAUUGAUUAAGCCGUUGUUAUGGAUACGGACCCCUUUCUUCACUGCGUGAUCCCAAACUUCAUCCAUAGCCAAGACUUCAUGGAAGGGCUACACAAGGAACUUUUGAAUUUGGACUUCCAUGAAAAGUAUAAUGAUUUAUAUAAGUUCCAGCAGUCUGAUGAUUUAAAGAAGAGAAGAGAGCCUCAUAUCUCAGCUUUACGGAAGCUUCUGUUUGAAGAUUUCCGGACGUGGCUUUCUGACAUUUCUGACAUUGACCUGGAACCAACCAUUGACAUGUCCUGUGCUAAGUAUGAAUUCACUGAUGCCCUGCUCUGCCAUGACGAUGAGCUGGAAGGGCGCCGGAUUGCCUUCAUUCUGUACCUGGUUCCUCCCUGGGACAGGAGCUUGGGGGGCACUCUGGACCUAUAUAGCAUUGAUGAACACUUUCAGCCGAAGCAGAUUGUCAAGUCUCUUGUCCCUUCGUGGAACAAACUGGUUUUCUUUGAAGUGUCUCCAGUAUCCUUUCACCAGGUGUCUGAAGUCCUUUCUGAAGAAAAGUCGCGUAUAUCUAUCAGUGGCUGGUUUCAUGGUCCUUCACUGACCAGGCCUCCCACCUACUUUGAACCCCUCAUACCUCGGAACCCUCACAUCCCGCAAGAUCAUGAAAUUUUGUAUGAGUGGAUCAACCCUUCUUACCUGGACAUGGAAUAUCAAGCUCAAAUUCAAGAAGAGUUUGAAGAAAGGUCUGAAAUUCUCUUGAAGGAAUUUCUUAAGCCUGAGAAGUUUGCAAAGGUCUGUGAGGCACUGGAGAAAGGAGAUGUGGAAUGGACCAGCCGUGGUCCCCCUAACAAAAGGUUUUAUGAGAAAGCUGAAGAGAGUCAGAUCCCUGAUACACUGAAGGACUGCAUGGAGUUAUUUCGUUCGGAGGCACUGUUCUUGCUGCUUUCCAACUUCACAGGCCUGAAGCUUCACUUCUUGGCCCCUUCAGAAGAAGAUGAGAUCAAGGACAAGACAGAGGGAGAAGCAGCCUGUGCGCCUGGUAGCACUGAAGAGGGAACUAGCCGUAGCUCCUCAGAGGAUAAUCAGACAGCCAUCAGUAACAGCAGCCAACAGAGCAGUGAACAGAUAGAAUCAGCACCAGGGGAAGAAGCAGCAAAGAAAAAGUCAAGUGUUCCCACCUGCCAGGGGGAACUGAGGCAUUGGAGGACUGGUCACUACACUUUAAUCCAUGACAACAGCCAGACUGAAUUUGCCCUGGACUUAGUUCUUUACUGUGGCUGUGAAGGUUGGGAGCCAGAGUAUGGUGGCUUUACUUCCUAUAUUGCCAAAGGCGAAGAUGAGGAGCUGCUAAUAGUGAAUCCAGAAAACAAUUCUUUGGCAUUGGUCUACAGAGACAGAGAGACUCUGAAGUUUGUCAAGCAUAUUAACCAUCGAAGCCUAGAACAAAAGAAAACUUUCCCAAACAGAACUGGUUUCUGGGACUUUUCAUUCGUCUAUUAUGAAUAAGAGGACUGGCAAAGCUGAACAGAAGAGACCCCCUUGAUCAGUACUAGGGGGUGUGGAAGAGCAAGGCGUGGAGAGCAGGAGAGCUGUAUGGCAGGCUCUCCAACAGUGUUCUUAAAAUGCUUGUCCUUUUAAUCAGAUUCAUGAUUGUCUUAGGCCUACACCUUGAUCUUGAAGCUAUGUACUCAUCUCUUGAUUUUCUUUUUUCCUGGUCCUGGGAUUGAAGCCAGGGCUUCUUGUAUGCUAGGCAAUGUUUUACCACUGAGCUGCAUCCCCAGCCCUUAUUUUUAAAAAAGGUUUUUAAUUCCUCUUUUUCUUUGAACAUUGAGUUCAGUUUGCAUAUUGACUGCUUCAACAACUUUUUUCUAAGUUCAGUGAUUUGUUUUCAUUAUUUGUGUUGCUGAAAGAUAAAAUUAGCAGCUUAACCAUUUUUAAACAUACAGUUCAAUGGUAUUGAGCACAUUCAUGUUGUACAACCAUCACCACCAUAUCCUACACUUUUUCCAUCUUCUGAAACUGAAACUAUAUAAUAGUUCCCCACUGUCCCCUGCCCCUGUCCACUCUGUCUCUAUUGACGACUCAUGUUCCUCAUCAGUAGAAUCAUACAGUAUUUGUAUACCCUAUAUAUACUUUGUGAUUGGCUUAUUUCACUUAGCAUACAGUACUCAAGGUUUGUAAGCGUUUCCUCAUUUGGUGUUUCCUUUUCCUUAUAAGUGAUUCCAGAGUCUGUUCUUCUCAGUCGCACUGGUGUGGACAGUUAUAGAACCUUAAUCUGGUUUGUGUUGGGCCUUAGAGAUGACCCAAUUUGAGUCAUUAUACUCCCUCUCUCACUGCCUAUAGGCUGCAUUCCAGUGUGACUCUUCCAGGAUGGGGUAAGACUUAGCUGAUGUGUGAUGUCACUCCCUGGAAAAGGUCUGGAUAAAACCACAUGGCCUCAAGAAACUUGGGGUUGGUAAAGAGGACAGGCUGCUCAUUGCCCUAUGGUCAUCUCUAGCCACCCUGGAGCUUUGGCUUCUGAGUCUAGCCUCACACAUGGCUUUCGUUUUCCUAAAUGCUGCAGCUCUAACUAUAGAACUAGUUGUCUCUUUUCCUUUAAGGGACCCAGUGCUCAACAGCCACAUCAAAAUGCCAACAGGCUGUCCAUUUGUUCUAUUUUUUUCCCUUCAAGUUGCUCCACAGGGCUCUGUCAGAACUAACCCAUAUAUGGGGGUGUGUGUAGGUGGAUAAAGAUGGUGUUCUCACUCCAUCCUAUGCUCUUUGCUUCCUUUCUCUUUUUUCUGUUUCUUGAUGCUGCAGUAGUUUUUAGUGUAGGUUAUCUAUUACUAAUUAAUAGGAAAACCAUUAGGCCUUUAAACUUCAACCACUCUUCGUCUCCCAAAACUUGUUCAUAAGUUUAAGAGAAUGAGUUUCAUUUUGUGUUUUAGGUUGAUGGUUUUAAAAAAAUUUUUUAUUAUAUAUCCCAAUCAAGAAAACACAUUUUAGCAUGUAUGCCUAUUACGCUGUUUUACACAUGUAAUAAUAUUAGUUAUAAAACAAUAUUGAUGAUCCUGACCCUGUGUAGACCUAAGCUAGUGUAUUUAUGUCUUAGUUUUUAACAAAAAAGUCUAAAAAGUAAAAAUGAAAAAAUUUUUUUAAAAAUAUAUAGAAAUAAGGAUAUAAAAUAAUUUUGUAUAACUGUACAGUGUGUUUUAAGCUGUUAACUGUAAGUCAAAAAAUUAAGCUUUGGAAGUUUAUAAAGUUACAGUAAGUAAAACAUAUUGAAGAAGAAAUGUAAAGAUACUGUUUAUAGCUGUACGGGUUUGGUACCCAAAGAAAAAUUGGCUAUGCUAUACCAUGUGGCCUGGGUGUGCAGUAGGCUAUACCACCUAUAUUUGUGUGAGUACGUUGUAUAGUGUUUACAUAACAAUGGAGUUGCCUCAGCUUAUGACUAUACUUCAUUCUCCAUCCUGAUUACUUCUUAGGGUCUGGGGCAAAUGUCAACAACUGUUAAGUGGCAAAUGCAUUAAAAUACAGACAUCUCUUUUAUACUUCUUUCAGAUAAAAGCUAUGAUGUUCAUUUAUAUAAUAUAUGGCAUCUUUCCCUUAAUAGUGAAUUUCAAAAUUCUUAUAACUCCCUUUACUAAAUGAAGUUCCCACCCUCAAA